CGGAUCGUCUGCGCGCGCCCAACACCCAACAACCAGGCUUUCGAAGGUUGAUCCUUGACAUUAUGGCGUCACAGGGAGGCAUAUCUCCUUCAAUGGCAAACAUGAAGCCACCGUACCCACCAGCGGUAUGGGCACUAGGUGGAGCACCUGUGAAGAAAGUCGAUAUACCCGCACAGACUGUCUUUAUGGUUCUGUUCAUGAUUGGAGCGGCUGUACACAUGAAAAUCUUCCAAAGGAACAGAGCCAGGGGACAUAAGUUCCUGUUCAACCUCUUUAUUUUCUUUUUUUGCGUAUCACGCAUUCUCACCUCCAUUCUUCGAAUUGCAUCGACAGCGCAGUCUCGAAAUGUCAAGCUUGCGAUCGCAGCAUCUAUCUUCGUAGCAGCUGGCGUACUCAUUCUCUUCAUUAUCAACCUAAUCUUCGCUAUGCGUCUUGUCCGGUCGCUGCACCCAGCUCUAGGGUGGCAUCCUGGAUUCGGAAUUAUUUUCAAACUACUUUGUUUUCUUACUGGAGCAACAAUAAUCAUGGUCAUUGCAGGCACGGUGCAGAGCUUCUAUACUCUAGACCCGAACACCAAGGCUACCGAUCGAAGCCUCCAACUGUACGGCUCGACGUUCCUCGCUAUCAUCGCAACACUGCCCCUCCCGAUCACCGUUCUUUCACUGCUUAUUCCAUACUCGCCACCCGAUCGAUUUGGUGUAGGCCGCCUCCGCACUAAAGUCAUCGUACUGCUCGUCAGCACCACAUUGCUAGCCAUCGGAGCCUGGUAUCGAUGCGGAAGUACCUGGGCACCACCUGUUCCGCGAUCUCAACCUCUUCCAGGCUAUCUUGGCAAAGGCGUAUUCUACAUCUUCAACUUCUUCGUCGAGAUCCAGACAGUCUUAAUGUACGCAAUCUUGCGUGUAGAUCUGCGCUACCACAUUCCCAAUGGUGCCAAGGGCGUUGGAUCUUACUCUUCGUCGCAGCAACUGGACGACGUUGAGAUGCAAGACUCGCGACCUACAUCAGCCUCGAAGACAGUGACUACCACUUUCGGCCUGACAAUCAACACCAACGUGCCCACAAUACAGAUUCACGACCCAGAAAAGACGCAUGCGUUUUCACCAGAUUCACCAGACACCCAUAUCGAGUCUACACAGACCACACCCACCACAUCACCCACCUCUCCGCCGAAGAACAAACGCAAGUCCCUCCUCCAAUCGCUCUUCAAGCGCCAAUCUAAAGCACCCACCCUACCAACGAUCCAAACCGACAUGUCACCCCUCGAACCCCCACCGACUGCAGAACAAAAGCAGCGCUGGCGCGACAGCGAACAGCGACGCAUCAUAACGCGCCUGGGUGGACCAUGGCAAGAACUCGACUCACCCAUGAGUCCCCUCGAACCACCAAGUCCCACCAGCACAAUGUACUCCUUCAGAACAGGCAUCAGCAGGGACACACGCGACAGCGUAGGCAACAUCAGCAUAGGUACUGGUCUGUCAAUCGGUGUUCCGAGCGUAGUCACUGCGCCGAGCUUGCGAGAUACGCUGAGAGCGGACGGCGGAUGGACGCCGGAAUUGGACUGGGAGUUGAGAAGCCCGAGACGAUUUUUGAGUAUGAAGAGGAGGGUUACCGGGGAAUAG